AGUGGUUCAACUACAAUGGCUCCUGCUUUGAGUAGAAGCAGCCUAUACACCACCCUUCCAUUGACUCCCAGAACUCAAUCCCAUCUCACAACAGCGUUUUUUCCUCGCUGCAGCGGUGGUGGUGGUCUGAGAACCGGCGUUUCGCGUAGCUGAAACCUCGAGAAGAGAUGUAAUCGCUUCGCCGUGAAGUGCGACGCCGCAGUGGCGGAGAAGGAGACGGCUGAGGAAGGGUCCGGUGAGAAGUCCGAGUACCAAGCCGAGGUGAGCAGAUUGUUGGAUUUGAUUGUUCAUAGCUUAUGCAGUCACAAGCCUGAUCCUGAUAACGGAACCAUCACCAUUACUGACACUGGAAUUGGAAUGACAAAGGAAGAACUUAUAGACUGCUAUGGUACCAUUGCUCAGAGUGGCACUUCCAAAUUCUUGAAGGCUCUCAAGGAAAACAAGGACCUUGGUGCUGACAAUGGUUUGAUAGGACAGUUUGGUGUUGGGUUUUACUCUGCUUUCUUAGUUGCUGAAAAGGUUGUUGUGUCAACGAAAAGCCCCAAAUCUGACAAACAGUAUGUUUGGGAAUCGGUAGCUGAUAGUAGCUCAUAUGUGAUCAGAGAAGAAACAGACCCUGAGAACUUUCUACGCCGUGGAACUCAAAUAACUCUGUAUCUAACGGAGGAUGAUAAAUACGAGUUUGCGGAGUCUACAACAAUCAAGAACCUUGUGAAGAACUACUCUCAGUUCGUUGGGUUCCCCAUCUAUACAUGGCAGGAGAAAUCAAGGACUAUAGAGGUUGAAGAGGAAGAACCAUCUAAGGAAGGAGAAGAAGAGAAAGAGACAAAGAAGACUACUAAAACUGAGAAGUACUGGGAUUGGGAGUUAGCCAAUGAAACAAAACCUUUAUGGAUGCGCAAUUCGAAGGAAGUGUCAAAGGAGGAAUACAAUGAGUUUUACAAGAAGGCUUUCAGUGAGUUCUUGGAUCCACUUGCUCACACUCACUUCACAACAGAGGGAGAGGUUGAGUUCAGGAGCAUUCUGUACAUCCCUGGGAUGGGUCCUCUUAACAACGAGGACGUUACAAACCCGAAAACAAAGAACAUUCGUCUCCACGUCAAGCGUGUGUUUAUCUCUGAUGACUUUGAUGGAGAGCUGUUCCCAAGAUACUUAAGCUUUGUGAAGGGUAUUGUGGACUCAAACGAUCUUCCUCUUAACGUCUCACCUGAAAUCCUCCAAGAAAGCAGAAUCGUGAGAAUCAUGAGAAAGAGACUCCAUUCUUUACUCCAUUUUUAUGUGAAAACAAAGAGGUAUACAAAAAAAAUGAAAUCAGACCAACUUGUGCAGGAUUACAAGAAGUUCUGGGAGAACUUUGGUAGAUUCAUUAAGUUGGGUUGUAUUGAAGACACUGUCAACCACAAGCGUAUCACAUCGUUGCUUAGAUUCUACAGUUCCAAGAACGAGGAGGAGUUGACAAGCUUGGAUGAGUACAUCGAGAACAUGGGAGAGAACCAAAAGGCUAUCUACUACCUUGCUACCGACAGUCUGAAAAGUGCCAAGUCUGCUCCUUUCUUGGAGAAGCUAAUUCAAAAAGAUAUUGAGGUUCUAUACUUGGUUGAACCAAUCGAUGAAGUUGCAAUUCAGAAUUUACAAACCUAUAAAGAAAAGAAGUUUGUUGAUAUCAGCAAAGAAGAUUGGAACUUGGUAAGUGAUGAAGAUGAAGUAAAGGAAAGGGAAGCUAAACAAGAGUUCAAUAUUCUGUGUGAUUGGAUGAAGCAGCAGCUUGGUGACAAAGUUGCCAAAGUCCAAGUCUCGAAUCGUUUGAGCUCGUCUCCUUGUGUGCUCGUCUCAGGCAAAUUUGGUUGGUCUGCUAAUAUGGAAAGGUUAAUGAAGGCAGAAGCACUUGGAGACACAUCAAGCUUGGAGUUCAUGAGAGGUAGGAGAAUACUAGAGAUCAAUCCAGAUCAUCCUAUCAUCAAAGACUUGAAUGCUGCUUGUAAGAAUGCACCUGAGAGCAGUGAAGCAACAAGAGUGGUUGAUCUCUUAUAUGACACUGCUAUAAUCCCAAGUGGUUUCACUCCUGAUAACCCGGCUGAGCUGGGGGACAAGAUUUAUGAGAUGAUGGCUACGGCUGUUGGAGGAAGAUGGGGCCGAGUUGAAGAAGAAGAAAGCUCGAGUGUGGGUGAAGGAGAUGAGAAAGAUGGAGAAGCAGAAGUAGUUGAACCAUCUGAAGUUAGGGCAGAGAGUGAUCCAUGGCAAGAUUGAUUCAAAACUUUUGUCAUGUGAAUUUUUGACACAAGAGGUGUUUCUUUUUAGUAGGAUUGGGUACGAGUACCAUGGGCCUAGUGAAAGCCCGUUAUUGGAUUACGUGAUAGAGAAGUGAUCCGAUAUUUGUAGGCUUUUUUAAAUUCGGAUGUUUUUCAAAAUAUUUCUCUAAUAUUUGCUAAUAAUUUUUAAAAUAUUAUAAUUGUUUUCUGACAUUUUAAGCAAA